ACCCGGACGCCAAGCGCCUCUACGACGACCUGCUCAGCUCCUACAACAAGCUCGUGCGGCCCGUCGUCAACACGUCCGACGUGCUGCGCGUCUGCAUCAAGCUCAAGCUGUCGCAGCUCAUCGACGUGAAUCUGAAGAACCAGAUAAUGACGACGAACUUGUGGGUCGAGCAGUCGUGGUACGACUACAAGCUGCGGUGGGAGCCCAAGGAGUACGGCGGCGUCCACAUGCUGCACGUGCCCUCGGACCACAUCUGGCGGCCAGACAUUGUCCUCUACAACAACGCCGACGGCAACUUCGAGGUGACGCUGGCGACCAAGGCGACCAUCUACCACCAGGGCCUCGUCGAGUGGAAGCCGCCCGCCAUCUACAAGUCCUCCUGCGAGAUCGACGUCGAGUAUUUCCCGUUUGACGAGCAGACGUGCGUGCUCAAAUUCGGUAGUUGGACCUAUGACGGGUUUAAGGUGGACCUGCGGCACAUGGACGAGCAGGCGGGCUCCAACGUCGUGGAAGUGGGCGUCGACCUGUCCGAGUUCUACAUGUCCGUCGAGUGGGACAUCCUGGAGGUGCCUGCAGUCAGGAACGAGAAGUUCUACACGUGCUGCGACGAGCCGUACCUCGACAUCACGUUCAACAUCACGAUGCGCCGCAAGACGCUCUUCUACACGGUGAACAUCAUCAUCCCCUGCAUGGGCAUCUCGUUCCUCACCGUGCUCACCUUCUACCUGCCCUCCGACAGCGGGGAGAAGGUGACGCUGUCCAUCUCGAUCCUGAUUAGCCUGCACGUGUUCUUCCUGCUGGUGGUCGAGAUCAUCCCGCCCACGUCGCUCGUGGUGCCGCUACUCGGCAAGUACCUCAUCUUCGCCAUGAUCCUCGUCUCCAUCAGCAUCUGCGUGACGGUGGUGGUGCUCAACGUGCACUUCCGGUCGCCGCAGACGCACAAGAUGGCGCCCUGGGUGAAGCGCGUCUUCAUCCACAUCCUGCCCCGCCUGCUGGUGAUGCGCCGGCCGCAGUACCAGUUCGAGGCCACCAGCCUGCUGGACGGCGGGCUGCUGGGUGGCAGCUGCCAGGUGCACGGCCCCCUGGGAGCGGCACUGGAGGCAGAGAGACUGUCCGACGCAGAGGAGGCGUGCAAGAGCCCGCCCCCGCUGCCGCCACUGCCUCCACUGGGCCUGGGGCUGGCGGCGCCCCCACACCCCCAAGGGGCGCUGAGGAGUCCCCCAGCCUUCCCCCACUCUCGCUGUCCCCCGGAGGUGCACCGCUCCUGCUUCUGUGUCCGCUUCAUCGCUGAGCACACGCGCAUGCUCGAGGACUCCACCAAGGUGAAGGAGGACUGGAAGUACGUGGCGAUGGUGCUCGACCGGCUGUUCCUGUGGAUCUUCACACUGGCCGUGCUGGUGGGCACAGCAGGCAUCAUCCUUCAGGCCCCCACGCUCUACGACGACCGCGUGCCCAUCGACAAGAAGUUCAGCGAGUUCGCCACGACCACCGUGGUACGCUGCCCUCCUCAGUAGGUGGCCGCCUCCCUCCUACCUCUCCCUGCGAUACUCCCGUCCACGAAGGCCACGGAACACUGUGCCAGCUGGGCUCGUGCAUUGUACCCGAUCCCUGCUCCCGACACGCAGGUGCAACGCGCAGAGCUCCAACGGUUUACUUGAUUCUGCAGACGACUUUUUAGUAGCAUCGCUAACGCCCCCAUGUCCUUCAUCGGCAUUGUUAUCGGCUAUUAGGUUCAUUCGAAGACUACGGCUUCGUUAGGGGUCUGAAAGCAGCCUCCACAUUCCUAUAAGUUUAACAAUUUAUUAGAACCUCCAACUGAAGACAAGUUUCUGGGAUGUAGGUCACUAUGCUUUAAAUGUCAUACCUUCCUCCAAAUUCACAACUGGCAGGCUCAUCAGAAAGCCAUGGGUACUAUCAGUACUCAGACAUUUCAAGAAAAUGACGCUGUUUUUCUGGCACUGUACCACAAUAGUCAACCAGUCCAAUAUUCUUCCAAUAUUUCCACUCAUUCACCUCUUCUUUACAAAUUCAUACCUUGCUUUCAUUCUAUUAUGAACAACACAGUCGGCAACACUUCACUAUUUCAUGCUACAUAUUUCUGUAACAAAAAUUUUGUAGAUUGCAAGAAACUGAUAAAAAUACUCUGCUAAAUAUAUUAUCUUUUAUUUUUCUGGAAAUUCCAUCUUCAGUUAAUUUUCCUCUCACUUACACAAUAUUUUACAUAUAUUGUCAUAUAUUUUAUAUUCAGUAUCCAAAUAUAUGAUCUUUACUUGACAAUUUUUUCUGACUUACUCCGCAUAUCUGUCAAGCUUCUUCAUGUACAAUAUCAGUCAGAACACUCACACCCGAAAAGGGCAUGUACCCAUACCCUUCAUCAAUUCCCGUUAUGUUGCACUUUUUAAUUAGACAUAAAAUCACAAAAACCAUACUGUUCUGCAGCUUCUUUAACUUACAUCAGCUACUUGACAUAAAGACACAUUUAAUAAGAAAAUAAUGCUUGUAACUCAGGGUAAAAUCAAAGUUACAAAAAAAUAUACAAAGUUAUUUCAGUGACAAGUCUCAAACUAUUAGAUAAUUUAUUGGCUAUCUGGGUUGAUAAGUAGGCAAAUUAUUGUGUGUCUUAGUUUUAUGUAGUGAGCAUUGUUGAAAGUGAUGUGCUGUUUUAGUGAAUCUGUGAUCUAUCUAAUAAUCAUCCUUAGCCAUGGUAUUUAGAUUUGUAGUAAUAGAGCUGUUUAGUAACAGUGACAGUGGAGGAAUGUAUGCACGAUUAAGUUACAAAUAUUAAAACCAAAACUUUCCUUUUUACAUAGUAUAAUUCAAACUAAUUAGACAACUAUGCAGACUACAUUCAGAAAUAAUCACAAGUAUUUGCAAUCAAUCACCAGUGAAUUUUACAUGGAAAAGAGGUACAGGAAUUCUCAUUACCAUAAGAUUUCUUAUUUUGUUGCCAACUCCAACAAAAUCAUAUUCAGUUUAUAGCAAUUACUAUAAGCUUGUUAAAUUUACCCACAUCUCCAUUUGGUUAACAUUACAAGACAUAUUUAAAAUGUGCCUUUAUUUCCCAAUAUUUCAUAGCUGCAAGCUUUUACACCAUUCUUCAUGUAUGUAACAGAGCUAUGUGCAUAAGAAAUGAACACGAGUUUGAAGGAAUAAGUAAUGCCUUCUAUAAUUUCUUGCUUGCUUGUUCACACUGGUUUUGGGGUAUGUUACAUGUGAUCAGUUGAAAUGACAUGAGAAAUAUAAGAACAUUAUAUUCAUACAAACCACUAACAUUCAACAAUGUCAGUCAUCAGAAAAUAUACAUUCAUUGGUGUUCUAGUCAAUUAUGUAAUAUUAGUUGUACAGUUGUUCUAUGUUAUCAU